AAAAUACGCAAUAUGUAUCAUUUAAUGAUCGUUGUGUGGUCAUUACUGGGCAUAUCGGUGGCAUUGCCAAUAUGUAACGAGUUUGCCACGACGAAGGUGGACAUAAGUGAGUUUCAAACUUAUGUUGCCAGUGGGGAAUGGCUUGGUGUCUGGUCUGUGGAGAUCGGAUCUUCCUCAAAUUUCGGAAAAACCCACAACAAAUGGUACAAGUCCCCCCGCGGUCCCACGUACCGGCGUGAUACCGUUACCUUCAACCAGAAUAACAAAUCAUGUGAUUCAAGAUCAUUCCACUACGAUCUUCUUGAAAAUGCGUGCGGUGUCAGUCUUCAUCAAGUAAAUGGGACGCGUAUUGAGCAAUUCUUUAGCCAGAAUAUUUCCAAAUACUUCUGGUGGUAUAUCUGCAUAUCUCCAGACAGUGACGGUGGCUGUAAUCAGGGCUUUUUUGACCUGCAAAUCAGAGACUUGCGCAGUGCGUACGACUUUGGUAUUAAAAGACCACAGAUGACAUAG